AUGAACGUCCUCGUCUAUACAGGCCCCGGCACCUCCCGCACCUCAAUCCGCCACACCUUCGCAACCCUCCGCCCCCUCCUAACCCCCCAUUACGCCCUUAUCCCCAUCGAAUCCUCCGCCCUCCUCUCCGAACCCUGGCAAUCCACAACUUCUCUCCUCAUUAUCCCUGGCGGCCGCGACAUUCCCUACUGUAACGCGCUCAACGGAGAUGGAAAUCGAAUGAUUGCGGAGUGGGUUAGGAAGGGAGGACGAUAUUUAGGGUUUUGUGCCGGUGGAUAUUUUGGGAGUGGGAGGGUUGAGUUUGAGGAGGGGGUGCAGGGCAUGGAGGUUGUUGGAUCAAGGGAGUUGAAGUUCUUUCCUGGGACGUGUCGUGGUACAGCGUUCGAAGGGUUCGUUUACAACACAGAAGCCGGCGCGCGAGGCUCAAAACUGAGCAUCAACACUGAAGCGAUGGGUAAAGAUGUUCCGGAGUCUUUUACGACAUACUACAACGGCGGCGGCCUCUUUGUCGACGCCGACAACUACUCCUCCCGCGGCAUCCGCGUCCUCUCGCGCUACGCCGACAAACCCAAAGUCCCUGGCGGCGAUGCAUCCGUGGUGUAUUGUCCCGUUGGUAAAGGUGCUGCGGUGCUGUUUGGUACGCACCCCGAAUACUCCCCUGCUCAUCUUAACCCACAAGAUGGUGAUGGACCAGAAUAUGCGGAACUCAUUGCCUUGCUCAGCAAACCUGAGGAAAACGGUGCUCGGGUUGCAUUCAUGAGAGCGGUGUUAAACAUGCUGGAGUUGAAGAUUGUGCCGGCGGUUGAGGGGUUGACCAGCGUUCCCAGUUUGACACCGUUGAUGUUGUCGAGUGUCGAUAAUGGGGAGGGGGUCCGCGACGUUCUUGACCGGCUACGCUCCAGUGGUACGGAUACAGAGGACGGGUUCCGGUUGGAGGAGAGCAACGAUACCUUUCUCUUCCGCAAACCCAUGACUGAGGGGGUGGAUAUGUCCUCACUAUCAACAUACCUCCCCUCCGCUCCCACGGACGACUUAAACUCUGUCAUCAAGUUGGUGGAUGUCUAUGGCUCGGAACCGCCGGCGGCGAAGACGACCCCGUUCUUCGACCACGCCGCGUACUACAACGCACUCCUCCGCGCACGCUCAACCUCCUCAAACGGAAACCACACAUUGGGCUCACCGUUGAUGUACAGCGAGAUCGUAACCUCCUCCCAAACUCUCCUCGAUAAGAACUUCAACUUCCUCACCAAGUUACCAGCGGGAUUCACCAUCCUCGCAACCCACCAAAUUGCCGGUCGGGGUCGUGGGAAUAAUGCAUGGGUCUCUCCUCCAGGUGUCUUGGCUUUCUCGACAAUCUUGCGACACCCGCGACGACUUCUGGAAUCCGCGCCCGUGGUGUUCGUCCAGUACCUCGUAUCCCUCUCUAUCGUGGAGGCGAUAAGGCAGGAUGGGUACGAGGAGUUGGAUGUGAGGAUCAAGUGGCCUAACGACAUUUACGCCAAAAACCCCACCCCCGGAGAAGGAGCGGAUAAAGAUAAGGGUUAUGUCAAGAUUGGUGGGAUUUUGGUGAAUUCGAGUUUUGAGAACGAUGAUUUUGUCUUGGUCGUUGGGUGUGGGAUUAAUACCACCAACUCUGCCCCCACUACAUCCCUUAACCACGUCCUCGAAGCGCACAACACCGAGCGCAGAAGAGCAGGAAGAGGGACCCUACCGCCGAUCAGGAUGGAAAAGCUUUUGGCUAGGAUCAUGGUAAAACUCGAAGACAUGUACACAAUCUUCGCCUACUCCACCCGCGGCUUCCGCGCUUUCGAAUCCCUCUACUACGACCGCUGGCUCCACACCGACCAACUCGUGCGUCUCGAGAUGGAAUCGGAUGCGCGGGCGCGCAUUGUUGGGAUAACGAUGGAUCAUGGGUUGUUGGAGGUUGAGGAGGUUGAUGCACAGGGACGGGGGAUGAGGGGGAGGAGGUGGCAUUUGCAGGCUGAUGGGAAUAGUUUUGAUAUGUUUAAGGGGUUGUUGAAGAGGAAGGCGUGA